CACGCCUGUCCCUGUCGCGCUCGCCCGGGCCGCCCGGAGCCCAGAUGAGCCCAGAUGGCUGGGGCUCAGCCUGGAGUGCACGCCUUGCAACUCAAGCCCGUGUGCGUGUCCGACAGCCUCAAGAAGGGCACCAAAUUCGUCAAGUGGGAUGAUGACUCCACUAUUGUUACUCCGAUUAUUUUGAGGACUGACCCUCAGGGAUUCUUCUUUUACUGGACAGAUCAAAAUAAGGAGACGGAGCUGUUAGAUCUCAGCCUUGUCAAGGAUGCCAGAUGUGGGAAACAUGCCAAAGCUCCCAAGGACCCUAAGUUACGUGAACUUUUGGAUGUGGGGAACAUUGGACGCCUAGAGCAUCGCAUGAUAACUGUGGUCUAUGGGCCAGACUUGGUUAACAUCUCCCAUUUGAAUCUCGUUGCUUUUCAAGAAGAAGUGGCUAAGGAAUGGACAAAUGAGGUUUUCAGUUUGGCAACAAACCUGCUGGCCCAAAACAUGUCCAGGGAUGCAUUUCUGGAAAAAGCCUAUACUAAACUUAAGCUCCAAGUCACUCCAGAAGGACGCAUUCCUCUCAAAAAUGUAUACCGCUUGUUUUCAGCUGACCGCAAGCGGGUUGAAACUGCUUUAGAGGCUUGUAGUCUUCCAUCGUCAAGGAAUGAGUCAAUACCUCAUGAAGACUUCACUCCAGAAGUAUACAGAGUUUUCCUGAACAACCUUUGCCCUCGGCCAGAAAUCGAUAACAUCUUUUCUGAAUUUGGUGCCAAAAGCAAACCAUACCUUACUGUUGAUCAGAUGAUGGAUUUUAUCAACCUUAAACAGCGAGAUCCCCGGCUCAAUGAAAUCCUUUACCCACCUUUAAAACAAGAACAAGUUCAAGUAUUGAUUGAGAAGUAUGAACCUAAUGAUAGCCUCGCAAAAAAAGGACAGAUAUCAGUGGAUGGAUUCAUGCGCUACCUAAGUGGGGAAGAAAAUGGAGUUGUUUCACCUGAGAAACUGGAUUUGAAUGAAGACAUGUCUCAGCCUCUGUCUCACUAUUUCAUUAACUCCUCACACAACACCUACCUCACAGCUGGCCAGUUGGCUGGAAACUCCUCUGUAGAGAUGUAUCGCCAAGUGCUUCUGUCUGGUUGUCGUUGUGUGGAGCUGGAUUGCUGGAAGGGACGGACUGCAGAAGAGGAACCUGUCAUCACACAUGGAUUCACCAUGACAACUGAAAUAUCCUUCAAGGAAGUGAUAGAAGCCAUCGCGGAGUGUGCAUUUAAGACGUCACCUUUUCCCAUCCUCCUUUCCUUUGAGAACCACGUGGAUUCCCCAAAACAGCAAGCCAAGAUGGCAGAGUACUGCCGACUGAUAUUUGGGGAUUCCCUUCUCAUGGAACCACUGGAAAAAUACCCACUGGAAUCUGGAGUUCCUCUUCCAAGCCCCAUGGACUUGAUGUACAAAAUUUUGGUGAAAAAUAAAAAGAAAUCACACAAGUCAUCGGAAGGAAGUGGCAAAAAGAAGCUGUCGGAACAAGCCUCCAACACUUGCAGUGACUCCUCCAGUGUCUUCGAGCCCUCGUCUCCGGGAGCUGGGGAAGCUGACACCGAUAGUGACGACGAUGAUGAUGACGAUGACUGUAAAAAGUCUUCUAUGGAUGAGGGGACUGCUGGGAGCGAAGCCAUGGCCACAGAAGAGAUGUCUAACCUGGUGAACUAUAUUCAGCCGGUCAAGUUUGAGUCAUUUGAAAUUUCAAAAAAGAGAAAUAAAAGUUUCGAAAUGUCAUCCUUCGUGGAAACUAAAGGACUUGAGCAGCUUACGAAGUCUCCAGUGGAAUUUGUAGAAUAUAACAAAAUGCAGUUGAGCAGAAUAUAUCCAAAAGGAACUCGUGUGGAUUCCUCCAACUAUAUGCCUCAGCUUUUCUGGAAUGCAGGUUGUCAGAUGGUUGCACUUAACUUCCAAACAGUGGAUUUAGCUAUGCAAAUAAAUAUGGGGAUGUAUGAAUACAAUGGGAAAAGUGGCUACAGAUUAAAGCCGGAGUUCAUGAGGAGACCUGACAAGCAUUUUGAUCCAUUUACUGAAGGCAUUGUAGAUGGGAUAGUGGCCAACACCUUAUCUGUUAAGAUAAUUUCAGGUCAAUUUCUUUCUGAUAAGAAAGUUGGAACCUAUGUGGAAGUGGAUAUGUUUGGUUUGCCUGUGGACACAAGGAGGAAGGCAUUUAAAACCAAGACGUCACAAGGAAAUGCAGUCAAUCCUGUCUGGGAAGAAGAACCCAUUGUGUUCAAAAAGGUGGUGCUUCCUUCUCUAGCCUGUCUAAGGAUAGCAGUUUAUGAAGAAGGAGGCAAAUUUAUCGGCCACCGGAUCUUGCCAGUGCAAGCAAUUCGCCCAGGCUACCACUAUGUUAGUCUAAGGAAUGAAAGGAACCAGCCUCUGAUGCUGCCAGCUGUUUUUGUCAACAUCGAAGUGAAAGACUAUGUGCCAGACACGUAUGCAGAUGUAAUUGAAGCUUUGUCAAACCCAAUUCGAUAUGUGAAUCUGAUGGAGCAGAGAGCUAAGCAACUGGCGGCUUUGACUCUAGAAGAUGAAGAAGAAAUAAAGAAAGAGGCUGAUCCUGGGGAAACACCAUCAGAGGCCCCGAGUGAAGCCAGGACAACUCCAGCAGAAAACGGAGUGAACCAUACUACAUCGCUUGCACCCAAACCACCCUCCCAAGCUAUCCAUAGCCAGCCAGCUCCAGGUUCUGUAAAGGCACCUGCCAAAACAGAGGAUCUUAUCCAGAGCGUUCUAACAGAAGUGGAAGCUCAGACUAUUGAAGAACUCAAGCAACAGAAGGCAUUUGUGAAACUUCAAAAGAAGCACUACAAAGAAAUGAAAGACCUCGUUAAGAGACAUCACAAGAAGACCACUGACCUUAUCAAAGAACACACUACAAAAUAUAAUGAAAUUCAGAAUGACUACUUGCGGAGGAGGGCAGCCUUGGAAAAGACUGCCAAAAAGGAUAGUAGGAAAAAACCCGAGCCCAGCAGUCCUGAAUCAUCAACGAUUGAGCAAGAUCUUGCUGCCCUGGAUGCUGAAAUGACCCAAAAGUUAAUAGAUCUGAAGGACAAACAACAGCAACAACUACUUAACCUUCGGCAAGAGCAGUAUUACAGUGAAAAAUACCAGAAGCGAGAACAUAUUAAACUGCUUAUUCAGAAGUUGACAGAUGUGGCUGAAGAGUGUCAGAACAAUCAGUUAAAGAAGCUCAAGGAAAUCUGUGAGAAAGAAAAGAAGGAAUUAAAAAAGAAAAUGGAUAAAAAGAGACAAGAGAAGAUUACAGAAGCUAAAUCGAAAGACAAAAGCCAGAUGGAAGAGGAGAAGACAGAGAUGAUCCGCUCAUAUAUCCAGGAGGUGGUACAGUACAUCAAGAGAUUAGAAGAGGCACAAAGUAAACGGCAAGAAAAACUUGUAGAGAAACACAAGGAGAUACGUCAGCUGAUUCUGGAAGAAAAGCCCAAGGGGGACGAUUCCUCCUCAUUCUUGUCGGAAACUUGCCAUGAGGAUCCCUCUGUCUCCCCCAACUUUACUCCCCCCAACCCUCAAGCUCCCAAGUGGUGACCACCGUCCUUCCAGCCAGCUACAGACGGAACUGGAGCAAGAGUACCAAGACAAGUUCAAAAGGCUGCCCCUGGAGAUUUUGGAGUUUGUGCAAGAAGCCAUGAAAGGAAAGAUCAGUGAAGACAGCAAUCACAGCUCUGCCCUCCCAUCUCAGGCCCCAGAUCCUGGAAAACUGAACCACAAGCCUCCCUCCAGUGAAGAACUGGAAGGAGAUAAAGGAAAAGAGUUUGAUACUCCUCUGUGAUUGUUCCUG